AUGGAAGAAGACCGCUGCGAGUUCAGCAAGGACGGCAAGACGUUCGCGAUCGCUCAACUCGUCGGAUCCAAAUACAUCUUCCAGGCUCGUCUAUCUACUCCCAACCCCGCCGAGGCACACUCGCUGACGGUCUCCGUACGUUCCAACUCCGCAGAUCGCGAAACUUGGCAUCAACGAUUCGGUCAUCUGAAUAUGCCUUAUCUGCUGGAGAUGGAACGAAAGGAGACUGUUUUGGGGUUGAGCAUCAAAGAGAAGAUUUUGACGUAGCAGAAUGUUAGGGUUGCAUGCAAGGAAGAGGUGCUCACGCCAAUAUCUCAAAAGGUCCGGCUUCCCGCGCCGAUAAGCCACUCCACGCCAUCCACGCCGAUCUCUGGGGUCCGGUGCGCCACGAGAGCUUCGCCGGCGAAAUAAUGGUGUUAGGCCUUGUCGACGACUACUCGCGUUUCCGAUGGAGUUUUCCGAUCAGCAAGAAGUCCAGCGUCACUGCUCUCGUCGUUGAGUUCAUUCAGCGAGUCGAGCGAAGUCGCGACUGCAACGUGGCAAUAUUCCAUUCAGACAAUGGCGGGGAAUUCGUCAACAACUCGCUAAAGGCAUUCUUUCGGGAGCGAGGCAUCGAGCACAGGACCACAGUUCCGUACGCUCACUAUCAGAAUGGCGUCAUUGAACGAGGAUGGCGCACUAUGUUCGAGACGGUGCGGAUCUGGCUCCUGGUCUCGGGUUUACCACUGUCCUUCUGGGCCUUCGCGGCGAACGCAUUUACCUAUGUGAGCAAUCGUCGAUCUACCGCCGCGUUACCGGGUUCGACACCCUUUGAGAUGUACCAUCUUCGCAAGCCCAAUGUUUCGCGUAUUCGCGUGUGGGGUUGCGUGGCGUACGUCCGGAUCGCGCCAGAACGUCGUGCCUCGAAGAUUGAACCGCCAAGAGUCAAGGCUCGUUUCAUUGGCUAUGCGGAGCAGGGAUGGAUGUUCUGGCGACCUGACACCAACACUGUGUUCGUAUCGGAUGACGCGAACUUCGACGAGAGCUCAUUCGAGCUUCACCGGGGGGAUUCGGACGAGGCCGAUCUUCGCGAGGAUUCGCCAACUACUCUCUUCGGCGAUCCUCCGGCCGAUUUCCUCGACGUCGACGGCGACGAUGAAGAUUUUGCUCUCGAUAGGGCCAGUCGAGCUCAGGCUCCUGGCACCGACGAUCGAGCGACGGCUCCUAUUGCUGCCCGUAGAGCGUUGGCUCCGGGUGGCGACAGUCGAGAUAACACUCCUCCUCCGGUUGGUCGAGCAAGGGCUCCUGAUCGUGAGUACACUCCUGUUGCGCCUGAUCACGAUUGUGCUCCUGGCGGCAACGGUAGAGUUCAACACGACAAUGGUCAAGAGCUUGCUCCUAUUGUCCACAACGGUCGAGCACCAGCUCCUGUUGCUGGCGACGGUCGAGGACCGCCUCCCGUCGCUGAGCGUCGCCCGUCUCCUUUUCUUGACGACGAUGCUGACAACAAUCCACCUGAUCCAAAUCAGACUCCCGAGGGCUACGAGCCGGUGAUACCUACGAUCGAACGGACUUCCGAGUUGGCCGAGCGCUGGGGAGCUCCCGCAGGGUCCCGCCGUCGAGGGGGGGCAGAGCGGCAAGCCAUGUUCGUCGACGUGGGGACCAUCUUGGGAGACGUAAUUCCCCUCAACGAUUUUUCAGAACAAGUCCUCAACGUCGUCGUCAACCUCGAGGAAUGCGACGGUUGGACCAACCUUCCGUCGAUCGUUCAAGGAUCCACCGAGGGCAUCAGCGGGACGGGAGACGAGUUGCUGGAUCUGCCUAGUGAGAGACAGGAAUGA